CUCUCACUUCACUGUCAUUACUUUUCUAGCGAACUUGCUCCCGCGUGUGCGAUCGCACUCGCUGUCGCCUUCCCGGUCGGCUUUCUGCGACAUCCCUGGAAAUCCCUGAGAUGAGGCAAUGUCACCGACCAAUGGUUUCGGAAACAUGUCACCAUCGACUGCGGGGAAUGCGCAACCGAACCUUGUUGACGACUCUUGCAGCGAGGAUCCCUGAAUCCGGUCGGCUGAUGCACAAACUGUGUCGCAAACACGUUCACGUGUCGCUGAGUGGAAUGGCAAGGUUACAGAACAAAUGUGCAAAUCCAGGAAACCGUUUUCUUGUUCCCGAGUGCUCGGAUGUUCAACAAUGACUUCAACAGUUUGUUGCUCUCAAAACGGCUUCCAGCAGCCGAUUUGUCUGUGUAUAUAAACCCAGCUGCUUCUCCCAUCCCAUCAUCAUCAUUCAUUGAAGAACAGUUCAACUCGUUCUACAACAGUCGCAUCUGACCACAGGUUUUGAUUUUUUUUUUCUCUCUCGCUCUCUCUUUUUACUUACUACAACUUCUUCUUCUCUUCUUCUUCCCUCUUUAUCAUGGACGCCUACUCUGUUGAAUUGUACAAGCGCUACAACAUCGCUCCUCAUGUCGAGGCAUGCUCCAACAACGCCACCUUCAUUCAAAAGCUUGCUCAAGGAAAGCUUGCCGCUAGCAGCUUCAACAAGUGGCUCUUUGACGACCGGUUGUUUGUCCAAGCCGGUGCUUACUUUGUCGCCCAGCUUUAUGUGAGAGCCGAGGCUGACCCCAUUAUCCCUGAGGAGGCCAUGGCGGUUAUUCAACACGCUUAUGCUGUUCUUGGUCCUGAGAUGGCUCAUUUCGAGGCCAAGUGUAAGGAACGCGGUGUUGAAAUGCCCAAGCUUCCCAAAAUCCCCACCGACCCUCAUGAAAUGGUAAAGACCGACCCCUCUGCUUUCUACCACCUUUCCUCGCCCAACUGCCGCAAGUACGUCGAGUUCGUCACCAAGGAUGUCUUCCAGACCCCUGGUCUCACCGCUUCUGAUCUGCUCUACGUGUUCUGGAUCACCGAGGCCAUCUACCACCGUGCCUUUGCUACGGCUGCUGCCUCUCCCAUCUUCCAAAAGACGUUCCAGGAGCUCGACUUUGUCAAUUGGUGGGGUGGCCGUCCUUUCUUCAAGUAUGUCGAAGAGAUGGCUCACCAAGUCCAAAACCUUCCUUACUCGGACGUGACUCGUAAGCUUCUUGUCAAAGUCACCGAACUCGAGAACCUGUUUUGGUCCUCUGCCGAGCAGUAAGCACGACAUGCGAACUCAUAACACAGGAAGCUUGGCUUGGGAUUCUUUCCUUUCCCAAUUCACACAUAUUCUAUAGAGAAACGAAUGAAUGUUAUUAGAACG